AUGCAGCUUCAUCUCUCUCAUGCCGACGUCGGCACCGCCGCUUACUACAGUCCUCCAUACACGCCGCAGUUACCAUCGAGCAACCACUUUGCGGCGGCGGGUGAAAGCAUAUGGGACAACGGAGCGUCGUGCGGGAGGCAGUACCUAGUGUGGUGCACCAGCGCCAUUGCCUCAGGAAUAUGCAUACACAACCAGACUGUGGAAGUCCGAAUCGUCGACUAUGCUCCAUCGUCUUCUUCGCGUCCCUCGAGUGACGACACGACCAUUGUCCUCUCGACGACGGCCUUCGACGUAAUUGGAAAGUUUGCCGCAGCUGUCAACGUUGAGUAUCAACAGUACGUUCAUUUCCUCACCUUAAUCGGUUAUCUUUAG